UGGGCCUCAGCACCUGACUGAUUAUGGUUUGCUUGCAGCGCCUAACGAGCCGCGAUCUUCAUCUGCACAGAAGCAUUCAAUAAUUUUCUCUGGACACUGCGUUUCGACCGAUCGCUGACUUCAAGCAGAGCAUUGGCAGACAAACUAGAGAAAACACUGAUGGAGUGCGUUGUUCAGGGAAUCAUAGAGACCCAGCAUGUUGAGGCCCUUGAGAUCCUUCUUCAAGGUCUUUGUGGUGUUCAUAGAGAACGAUUAAGGAUCCAUGAAUUGUGCCUCAAAAGUGGCCCAAACCUCGGGCUUGUAGCUUCAGAGGUUCGACUAUUAUGUGACCUUGAGCAGCCAGAACCCACUUGGAUAGUUCGGCAUAUUGGGGGUGCCAUGAGAGGUUCUGGUGCUGAACAAAUUUCAGUUCUGGUGAGGACUAUGGUGGAAAGCAAAGUAAGCAAGAAUGUAUUGCGCUUAUUUCAUGCACUUGGCUACAGAUUGGACCAUGAAUUGCUGAGAGUAGGAUUCGCCUUCCAUUUUCAAAGGGGUGCUUCAAUUACAGUUACUGUGUCGUCAGUCAAUAAGAUGCUUAAAUUACAUGCAACUGAUGAGGCUGUGCCAGUGACACCUGGUAUACAGAUGGUUGAAGUGACAGCCCCUGCAUCUUCCGAAAACUAUAGUGAAGUUGCUGCUGCUGUGUCAUCCUUCUGUGAAUAUCUUGCACCGCUUCUACAUUUAUCAAAACCUGGUACCUCAACAGGAGUUGUCCCUACUGCUGCUGCAGCUGCAGCAUCUCUCAUGUCAGAUGCUGGGGUUACAACUUGAUAGCAAAGAUUCUAAAAUUGCAAGAUGGUGAGAAAAUUCUAUAUUAACUAUGACGUGCCAUUGAUUUUAUUAGCAUCCAUGGGAGCUGCAGCCAAAUACUGUUGACUGCAUUAUAAAUCCCAAAAAUAAACAGCCUUUGAUAACUGUGAACCUUUUUCUAGGUUUUUACAAAUCAAUUUUGUGGUGUAAUGAUUAGAAGAGACCGAUCAAAUGCCCUAAGAUAACCAUUCGUGAGGUUUGAAUUUAGCAGUGCUGUAAACAAAUGCUGAAUGACUUACCUUAGGUUAAAUAUCAAUUUGUAAACAGAUGGCUCCAAGUGGCUCAAGUCUAUUAAGCAGCUGACCUUCAGAAUUAAGACCUGAGUUUUCUUAUGAAAUCAUCAGGGGGAUAAGUUUGUGCUUCUGCUUUCUGGCCAAGGUAUGCAUACUCCGGUAGUCCUGUUUGAUGGCAUUAGUCUAUAAGCUAAGGACCCUAAACUACAAGAAAGCCCCAUAAAUGGGCAACAGUGUUAAAAGCCAUGGCCUAUUGUCGAGCUCUUUUCCUCUUUUAAUUAGUUUAAUAUUUUAAUUUUAAUGUUUUGGAGAACUGCUGAUAAGUUAGUUCAUUAACUCUAGUAUCCGUGUCCUAUCUUGUUUUGAAUCUAACAUAUUAAUUUGCAUGA